UUGAACAACAUUAAAAAACGCAUCGACUUAUACUUCAUUGUGCAUCUUUGCCACAACAUUUUUGUAAUUUUUAUUGCUAUCGUAUUAUUGCUUUUGUGCAAUAGAACUAGUUCACGUUAUAGAGAAACAUAUUUAACGAUGUAUUCUAUCUUGUUAAGUUCAAUUUUACUUUUAUUUUUAUUACACUGUUGGAUAAGAUAUAGAAGAGCGGGAAAAUUUUUAAGUCUUAUUCCGGAACCUCCGGGAUAUCCGAUAAUUGGGAAUAUGCAUUAUUUUCAAGUUGACAAUGAAAAAUUACUUUACCAACUAUGGAGAUUAAGUGAUGAGUAUUAUCCAAUUUUCAAAAUAUGGAGCUUCUUUCUUUGUACAGUAUUUAUAUUCGAUCCAGAUGAUAUUCAGGAACUACUGAAGAGCAAUGAACAUAUUGAAAAAGGAAUUUUGUACAAACCUCUUAUACCCUGGCUUUCUUAUGGACUACUAAUAAGCAACGGUGAAAAAUGGCACUUACGGCGAAAAAUGUUAACUCCUGCAUUCCACUUCAACAUCCUUAAACAUUACUUUAUCAAUUUAAUUGAAGAAUCAAAAGAUCUUGUCGAAUCUCUUCAAAAAGAGGGAGAUGGAAAUCCUAUUAUCAAAGAUCUACGAACAUUUAUUAGCAAGUACACUCUAAACGCAAUAUGCCAAACAGCUAUGGGUAUCCAAUUGAACGGAGAAAACGAACUGGAAUCUGAAUAUCGUCAGGCCGUUCAUGUUUAUGGCAGCAUUGUUGCAUAUAGAUCUUUUAGACCUUGGUACUUGUCGGAUACAAUAUUUGCAUUUUCACCAAUUGCUAGAGUACAAAGGAAAACGUUGAAAACGUUACACGAUUUUUCAAGAAAUAUAAUUGCUGAAAGGAAACGUUUUCAUGAAAAUACUAAUGGGAAAUAUUUGCAAAUCAAUGAGAAUAUUGAGGAGGAUAACGUUUUUAAUAAAUAUUCGGAAAAGGACAAUUUUCAAUCCAAGAAAAAAUUAUCUAUGCUAGAUCUGCUUAUAGCUGCAUCUUGGAGCAAUAAUCAAAUAGAUGAGGAAGGAAUUCGCGAAGAAGUUGAUACUUUUAUUUUUGAAGGCCACGAUACUACAGCAAGUACACUGUCAUUUGCUUUGAGUCUUUUUGCUAAGCACAAAGAUGUCCAGGAAAAUAUAAGAGACGAGGUUCAAUCGAUUAUGCAAGAAGAUAAUCUAACGAUAUCGUCACUUUCAAAACUUUCGUAUUUGGAGAGAUGUCUAAAAGAAUCUUUUCGCUUGUAUCCAAGCGUCCAUAUAAUAUCUCGACGAAUUUCUGAAGAUAUGCAGCUAAAACGUUAUUUAAUUCCGUCUGGUACGUAUUGUAAUAUAAACAUUUACAGCGUGCAUAGAAAUCCGGAAUAUUGGCCAAAUCCAAAUGUUUUCGAUCCGGAUAGAUUUUUACCAGAAAAUAUUAAAGGACGUCAUCCUUAUUCCUACAUACCAUUUAGUGCUGGCCCGAGAAACUGUAUUGGUCAAAAAUUGGCGAUGCUUGAGCUUAAACUCUUCGUAGCUUUUAUAUUGUACAAUUUUAAGUUAGAACCGGUGGAUGAACUAGAUGAUGUUAAAUUUUCGGCUGAUAUAACUCUUACCUCGACUAAACCAUUGCGAAUCAAAUUUAUACCAAUUUCAUAGAUAUUAUUAUAUAUAUUAUCUUUUACAAAAUUAAGAAAAAUUACGGCCAUGAUACUAAGAAGAG